AAGCUACAGUGCGUAGCUCUCUUAGUUGUGGAUGCGCUUUAAACUUCAGGUUUAGCUAAUUUUAUAUAUAAAAAAUGUAGGUACUUAGCUGCUCAUAUAUAUAAGUAUAAUUAGCAGGUGACUUAGUGUUUUAGAAAUGCAACGAAAUUUUUGCAUUCAAGUGUUGUUUUCACAACAAAUCAGUCGGAGUUUUAAAAGUAGAAAAUGUGGCGUUUGCGUGAAUGCCCAAGAUAUUACGCCAUUUUUGGCUUAAUUAAAAUAUUAAUAUUGAGUAAGUAUUAUUUACAUGCAUAUCCAUAUAUUUGUAUGUAUGUAUGCGUAACACUUAUGAUAUUAUUUGCCUGUACUAUUUCGUCAACAGUACUAAAAUCACUACUAUUAGCCGAAGGCUGUUAUGACGGUCAGGAAUGUUACACUCCACGAAACUUUAAAGGAAACUAUUAUACGAAAGACUAUUUGCAAAGACUAAAGGGACUACCUCACCAUCACUGUGAGGGAUCUUGCAUAGAUAAUAACGAAACGCUUAUUUGUUGCUCAUUCCGCGUUAAGCCCGAGAAAUAUCGUUUACUUAACCAAACAUGCAUAGACGACCAUCUACCACAUCCAUUAAUUAUAUUUGGAAAUGGAGCAUUGCCCAACGAAUUUCCAUUUAUGGCUGCCUUGGGUUGGCGUAUCCGCAAUAAAAAUGGCACAGAGAGCAUUGCGUACCGAUGCGGUGCAACUUUAAUCGAUAAAAGAUAUGUACUAACAGCCGCCCACUGUCUUUACCACUCCAGUGAUCCGCCUGUUGUGGUGCGCCCAGGAGGAUUCGAUUUGAAUAGUACCACAGCUGUUGAUUAUAAAAUCGAUCAGAUUAUUGAGCAUCCGCAGUAUGAAUACCCAGGCCUUUACAAUGAUAUAGCCAUUAUUCGUAUGGCGAAAAGCUUUUCUAGCGACGUUCCAGUUACUAACGCUUGCAUCUGGUAUAGGCCACUGCCAGAGAAGGAAGUAACAGCUAUUGGUUAUGGCGAUACACAAUUUGGUGGCACCUCUUCAGCUGUGUUAUUGAAAACGAAUUUGUCUACGAUCUUGAACGAAGAAUGCAACCUGCACUACGAACAGGACGACGACACACUGAGUGCCGGUGUUACCUCAACGCAGUUGUGUGCCAAAGAUCAUGAAAAGCUGCGAGACACAUGUCAGGGAGACUCCGGCGGUCCACUAAUUAUGUAUGAGGAAUUAAGAGGUUACAUACCGAUUGCGUAUAUUGUGGGUAUAACAUCGUUUGGCAUUGGAUGUGGCACUGGCACCCCGGGAAUUUAUACACGAACUUCGGAAUAUUUUGAUUGGAUUGAGGACACGAUUUAUAAAUAAAAAUCUU